AUCGUUGUCUUGUGGCGGUAAGGUAAGGGUAGCUAACAGUUACAUACAGCAGAACAUGAACAAAAUACAUGAAAAUGUUUUCGAAAGCGUGAUUAAUAUUUUAUAAAGUGAGUUAUUCGGUUAGUGAAAUGUCUACACGGAACAUCUACACGGGAAAUAUCCGAUACAUACAGGUUUGUUUGGUGUCACUUUUGCUUCUGAAGAGGAAUGUUACCAAACGUUAUUAGUUAUUGUGUAAUAACCUCUGUUUUGAGGGGACUCUUACUAAGAUAAGUUUGCUGCUGCUCCAAAUGUCACAGAAGGAUGACUCCGAAAAUGACAUUUGGGAAUAUAAACCCCUGGAGAAGAAGAAAAAGAGCAAUAAAUCGCUGUGCGUUUCCAAAAGAAGAUGUACUGCCAGGAAAACGUCAAAGAAGGACAGCUCUCCCUCUCUCAGGUCAAAAGAGAAGAGUACAAAAACCAAAACAAAUGAAAGUGGAGACUCCUCUGCUGUUGGGGAGGCAACUGAAAGCAAACUUUUAUUAUCAAAUGAAUUAUCCGUCAAGUGUUCUUCUACAGAGGUAAUCCAAAGUGACAGCAAUGCAACCGAGAGGCAGAUGUCUGAAGACUUCUGUCCCAUCUGUCAGAUGCCUUUCCACAUUCUGGUUGUACAGUCUCAGAGAUGGCAUGUUGCUGAAUGCCUCGACAACCCCAGGGACAAAUGCAAAGAAUGUCCAGAUGGCCUCCAGUGCUCCUCCACCAUUCCAAACCAUUACAAGAAGUUCAACCACAUGCUUCUCGCUGAAACCCGUGCAAAAGGCCACGCCGCGGCCCCCAGUCUGUCCUGGCAAACAGAGACCAGCGGAGAAGCAAAUCUCCAAGAAAUUCAGAACAAUGAGGCGCUCAGCUUUCCAUUAGAUCGCUCUUCCUUUCCUUCUUCCUUUUCCAGUCUGAAUCACACUCCAACACCUCCGACAAAACCUAGAAAUGGCCUUCUGUUGCUGCGUUCUCCUGGGCCUGACGACUUUAAGAAAAAGAAAGGCUGGUUGGGGAAUAAUAAUAAAGCUCAGAAGUCAGUUUGUGAGAUUUCAUCCACUCCUGUCAAGGAGAUUCUUUCAGAUCAAGCUUGUGAAAUUUCAACAGAGAAGCAGACAUCCUUCAAAGAUGACGAUGAUGACGAUGAUGAUGGGAUCUCCUACUCUCCGCUGUCUGAGCUCCCGGCAGAGUCUGAAAUUAACUGCAGAAAGUCUCUUUUUCUUAAUGAAAGCUCUGGUAAUGAACACUCAGUGAUUCUGUUCAACGACAGCUUCUCAAGUGAAGAUGAAAUCCUGGCUGAAUUCAUAGACAAGAACUGUGAUGAAGGUGCAACGUUUGAUGAUCCCUCAUCUUCCUCCUCAUCUCAGCUGGAUCCAGUUUCUUCAUUAGCACCUACUAAUCAGCAGGCUGCAGAAGCUCCUUGUAUAUCUCAGAGGGAAAUCAGCGGCAGCAGCUUCCAGUCUCCCCAGAGUGUCGUUUUAGAGCGACUAAGAGAAACUAUUUGCAUGGAGGUUCACAGCAGUCAGAAACUUAAUUCUCCUCAAGUAUCUUCAUCACAGGAUUCGUUUGGGUCAAAUUAUCAAAACAUGCUGCCUCAGAAAGGCCAAAGCAAGGCAGUGCAGGGUUCUGGACUGAAGCAGACUGACAUUGGGGUGUUUUUUGGUCUCAAACCGCUCAAGGAUACAGAAACUGAAAAUUUACAAAACAAUCUGGACGCCCCGUCUGUUCCAGCAUCUGGUAAGAACCCGGGACCGCACAAACAAAGGAAAAGAAAAGCUGACCCGCAGACUGAGGUAGCGCAGGCAGCGGCGAUCGGAAAUGACUCGGUUGGCGCUCAAAGUGAUGCAGGUAGAGGUGGGAACAGAGGAUGGAGACGAAGGUGGAACAGAGUAAAUGCUGACGGAGAAGUGCAGCUGCCCCGCUGUCCGUUUUAUAAGAAGAUUCCAGGUACGAAGUUUGUUGUCGAUGCGUUCCAUUAUGGCGAGAUUGAGGGCAUAACCUCGUACUUCCUGACACAUUUCCACUCGGACCAUUACGGAGGCCUGACCAGAACCUCCACGUUUCCAAUCUACUGUAACAGAAUCACGGGGAACCUGGUGAAGAGCAAGCUUCGGGUGGCGGAGCAGUUCGUCCACAUCCUGCCCAUGAACGCCGAGGUCACCGUGGAGGGAGUCAGGGUCGUCCUCCUGGACGCCAACCAUUGUCCUGGAGCUGCAAUGCUGCUGUUCUUCUUGCCCGAUGGACAGACGGUUCUCCACACCGGUGACUUCAGGGCCGACCCCUCCAUGGAAACGUACCCCAAGCUGCUCAGCUGCCGGGUUCAGACUCUCUACCUGGACACAACCUACUGCAGCCCUGAGUACACGUUUCCCAGGCAGCAGGAAGUCAUCAGCUUUGCAGCCAGCAGGGCCUUUGAGUUGGUGACUCUGCACCCGCGAACACUCGUGGUGUGUGGCUCCUACUCUGUGGGGAAAGAAAAGGUCUUCUUAGCGCUGGCAGAGGUCUUGGGAUCCAAAGUGUGCCUCUCCAGAGACAAAUACACCACCAUGUGCUGCCUGGAGUCUCAGCAAAUCAAGGAGCGAAUAACCACCGACUGGAAGGCAGCCCAGGUUCACGUGCUUCCUAUGAUGCAGCUCUCCUACAAAAAGCUGCAGGAUCACCUGGCACGCUUUUCAGCACAGUAUGAUCGACUGGUAGCCUUCAAGCCCACCGGCUGGACCUUCAGCGAGCAGGUGGAGUCGGUGGAAGACAUCCAGCCACAGAUCAGCGGCAACAUCUCCAUUUACGGAAUCCCAUACAGUGAACACAGCAGCUUCCUGGAGCUGAAGCGUUUCGUCCAGUGGCUCCAGCCUCUGAAGAUCAUCCCUACUGUGAACGUUGGCAGCUGGUCGAGCAGGAAGGCCAUGGAGAAAUGUUUUAGCGAGUGGAUGUCAGAAGCUAGAGCUAAACUCUAAAAUGGGCCGCUGAUUUUGAGAACUCUUCUGAAGCUCCAAUUUUAGUUUUUGAAAGUGGUUUUAACACUAAUAAUGUAAAUUCUGACUCUGAAUGGCUAAAUAUGCAGUCUAUGACCUGUUUAUUGAGUAAAACAUCAAUUCAAUCCAACCUUUGGUUACAAUGAGCUGUUUACACAAACAUGUUUACAGUGAAACUUAAGGUAUUUUACCUGCUAAAUUAUCUGUUGUGACCACAUUCCCUUUAUGUGUUGAGUCAACAUGCUGCUUUUUAAACAGUUGUUUUUGUUUUAUAUUUUUGUUCUAAAAUAAAAUCUUAAAUAUUCUUUA